CCUAUGUGGACCCGUGAGGAUUUGUCAUCAUGACAACCGUAAACAGGAAAGCGACACGCAGAUGAUCUGUCAUAAUACAAUUUUGCCCUUCUCAUCUCGCGUUAUUAUGCCGUGAAUCGCUCCUUCGACAAAUCAUGUCCGGAGUGCUCGCAAAAUUUUGACGCGACAUCGCGGAUUAUUGUCGUCUGUAGUAGGUUCGCGCGAGGCGCGGAGCAAAACGAGGGAAAGCUGCGCUUUCCUAUAUUUGCGUCGUUAAUUCUCUACGCCGACGAUGGAGAUGCAAAACGCUCUAGUUAUCUACUGCGCUCUUUUUAUUCUCCAUAGUAUCCAUGCACUUCACAGAAGCCUGAAAUAUUACGAAACGAUUCACAGCACUCACUUUCAACAUAGGAUUGUGAAGCGAGGCAUUCAGCAUAGCUACCAUCCAUACAACAAAAUAAGCGAACUGGAGUUUUAUUCGCACGGCCGCCAUUUCCGAUUAAUUUUAACACCCAGAAGAGAAGUUAUACAUUCCAACUUUAAGGCUUACGAGGUCAACGCCGAUGGAAAGGAGAAAACUAUACAUUUAGAUCAUGAUAAUUUUUACCACGGCAGAGUGUUCGGAGAAAUUGAGUCUCAUGCUCAGGUGCACAUUGAUGAUGGUAUCGUGACGGGUAGCAUAACAACCAAGGAUGAAACCUUUCAUAUUGAACCAUCCUGGCGGCAUCUUUCUCAUUUAGAUAAUCAAACGAUGAUCAUUUAUAAGUCUUCCGAUGUCAAACUCAGUUGGGAGCAUUUCCAAAACGGCGAAGGUCAUACCCAUGGAAUUCCGAAGACCUGCGGUUACGUCAAGGAAAACUUGAAUUAUACUCUGAAUGACAGCUCUCAGGAGGAUGACAUCGAGACGGAUAAUAGCAGUAGCAGGGUGAAGCGGCAGACGGAGACCUACGAAUACACGCCGACGAAAACGAGAUGCCCAUUACUAUUGGUCGCCGAUUAUCGGUUUUACCAAGAAAUGGGCGCCAGCAGUACAAAAACUACAAUUAAUUAUCUGAUAAGUUUGAUCGAUAGAGUACACAAAAUUUACAAUGACACUUUGUGGCAAGAGCACCAAGAGGAGGACGGUUUCAAAGGAAUGGGUUUUGUUAUCAAAAAGAUCGUCGUUCACAGUGAGCCGACCCGGGUGAGAGGUGGUGAAACGCAUUACAACAUGGUUCGCGAGAAAUGGGACGUCCGUACAUUGCUUGAGGUAUUCAGUCGAGAGUAUAGCCAUAAAGACUUCUGCUUGGCUCACUUAUUUACCGAUCUCAAGUUUGAAGGUGGUAUCCUCGGAUUGGCCUAUGUAGGAUCUCCUCGUAGAAAUUCGGUGGGCGGUAUCUGUACACCAGAAUAUUUUAAAAACGGGUAUACACUGUAUCUGAACUCGGGACUGAGCUCCAGCCGAAAUCAUUACGGCCAGAGAGUGAUUACAAGAGAAGCCGAUUUGGUUACAGCACACGAAUUCGGUCAUAAUUGGGGUUCCGAGCAUGAUCCAGAUAUCUCGGAGUGCAGUCCAAGUGCAAGCCAGGGUGGAUCUUACUUAAUGUAUACCUACAGUGUCAGUGGCUAUGACGUAAACAACAAGAGAUUUUCGCCAUGCAGCUUACGUUCCAUCAGAAAGGUCCUGCAAGCAAAAUCCGGGCGCUGUUUCUCCGAGCCGGAAGAAUCGUUCUGCGGUAAUUUGAGAGUCGAGGGCGACGAGGAGUGCGACGCGGGUCUCUUAGGAACGGAAGAUAAUGACGCGUGUUGCGACAAAAAUUGCAAGCUUCGAAAUAAUCAGGGAGCGGUUUGCAGUGACAAAAAUUCGCCUUGCUGUCAGGGUUGCGCGUACAUGCCUGCGGGCGUGAAAUGCCGUGACGCGCAGUACGCCACUUGCGAACAGGAGUCGCGGUGCACCGGAGCGUCCAGCGAGUGCCCGCGAUCUCCGCCCAUGCAGGACAACACUGGCUGCCUCGAACGUGGUCAAUGCCGUCAGGGCAAGUGCAUACCAUACUGCGAGACCCAAAAUUUGCAAAGCUGCAUGUGCGACACCAUCGCUGACGCAUGCAAGAGAUGCUGUAGAAUGAACUUGAACGAAACGUGCUUCCCGAUAGACCCGCAAGACAUUCUACCCGACGGUACACCGUGCAUUCAAGGUUUUUGCAACAAGGGCGUGUGUGAGAAAACAAUUCAGGACGUGGUGGAACGAUUCUGGGACAUCAUCGAAGAUAUAAACAUCAACAAAGUUAUGCGCUUUUUGAAAGACAAUAUAGUGGGUGCUGUGAUAAUCAUCACCGCCAUCAUAUGGAUACCGGCGAGUUGCGUUAUUAGUUACAUCGAUCACAGACGCGUGAAAGAGAGCGAGAAGAAGUGGCGGUGGAAGCAUACGGACGAGCUCAUUCAUCCGGACGAGCCGAGGCAAGUGAUUUACGUUGGCGGUCAGCGACAAAGGGUACAGCACGUCAUGCAUCAGUCGUGAAUUUAGACCAUUUGCGUUAUCUAGUCAAAUUUAUAUGAGG